GGGUUACCAAAGGGAGGCGGAGGAGGAGAUGGGGCACAUGCAGUCGCAGGGCAGUUUUCUCCAUAGUAACAAUGACAAAACAAGCCAGUUCAACAGCAGGCAGGCAAAAGGGAUGAUUGCAGCUGCUCAAUAGAAGCUUGUGCUGCAGAGUCCGGCUCACAUAAGGAGAGGAGGAAGACGAUCGGAAGAGGUGGACGUCUAGUGGAGUGCAGCAUUUCUCACAGUUUAAGAGAACGAGCUGGGAGGCCCACAAACUUCCCCUCCCAGCAUGGACCGAGACAGUCACAGCGAGGACACUUUGUCCACCAUGGUUCUGGAGAACAUUAAGAACAAAUUGAUUCAUGCCUUCAGGGCGACCGGGGAGUCCCGAGGAAACCCUGAAGACUCUGGCGCCGCUGUCAGACCGGUCAGCAUGAGCAGGAGUCACCAAGCCAAUGAAGAGCUGCGGAGGGCGCAGAUCGACGGAGCGAUAACCUGGCUGAGGUCCGAACUGCUGGAGAUGCGCUCACAGGACCUCCAGCUGGCUCAGACACUACUGGGGCUCAACUCGGAGAUCCAAAGACUGCGGAGGGAGAGUUUCGGAGGUGUGGAAGCAGAGGGGGAUGAUCAGCAGUAACUGGCCCAGGCAGUGAGCCCGAGACUUUAGAGAGGUGGAGAAAUGCCACGGAGCCCAUGGCACGCACGGAAAUGACUGUAACCCAACAGCACCGAUCAAAUGCAUUCUCCCCUAAAAGAGUAGAAGCAAAAAGUUCCGUUCUGUGAUGCUGGCGUUGUUAAUUUGAGAUGUUUUGCACUUAUGGAGAGUUGUACUAAAGAAACCUUUUGGUAAGUGUUGCAGCAAAUGAGGCAUUAUGAAUGUAAAAAACAAAAAACAUUGAUGUUGACUUUUUUUUGUAAUUUGACAAGAAAAUAAAAUUUGCACCGUGA